GCAAUGAGCAUAGAGUCAUUGACAGGUUGUGUAGGCAGGCAAGAGCAAACAGAAAAUUAACGUUUGCGUGUGGGCGGGCGUUCCACCUACUGCAGCAGACUGCAGACAGUGAAAGUGAGAAUAAGUUAGUGAAAACCUUAAAUUGUCGUGGUUUAAUUUUUCAAUUUAAAUUUUCGCUUUUACAGUCAUUAAUUAGGAGAGGCGAUUGAAAAUAAGUAUACAUUGACAAGAUGCAGUCUGUAGAUAAGGUAAUUCAAGAACAAGUGCUCAGAGUUGCACAGACAGUAGAACAACAGCUAGAUGCAGAAAUUCAGAAGCUUGAUGAAUUGGAUAGUGAUGGAAUUGAAAGAAUAAGACAAGAACGCUUAGAGGAGUUGAAGAAACAAGCGAAACAGAAACAACACUGGCUGUCCAUUGGUCAUGGAGAAUAUGAAGAAUUGACUGAAGAAAAGGAGUUCUUUGAGGUGACCAAAAAAUCACCAGAUGUUAUUGUGCAUUUCUUUAAACACAGCACUCCCCGUUGCAAGAUAGUUGAUUACCACUUCAACAUACUGUGCAAAAAACAUAUAGAGACAAGGUUUUGUAGACUGGAUGUUGAUCGUGCUCCAUUUUUAACACAGAGAUUGAAGAUCAAAAUGAUUCCUACAAUAGUGGUUCUAAAAGACAAUAAUUUCAAAGACACAAUUGUAGGUUUCACAGAUCUUGGAAAUUGUGAUGACUUCUCUACUGAGAUAUUGGAAUGGCGAUUAGCACAAUCCGGUGCUAUCAACUAUCAUGGUGAUUUGCUGAACCCCCCAGACAAGAAGAAGAAAUCUGAUAAACAGACUUUUGUACAGAAGAAGCAUACAAUUCGUGGUCGGGAAAACGAUUCAUCAGAUGAUGACUUUGAGUAACUGGAAACUAAAACUACUCAUUUGUUAACAGGUUAAUUUGAUUUAAUACAAACAUUCCCUAAUAGAAUGUCUAAUGCUUUAAUAUUUUUGUACUAAUAAAUUUAAUUUAUUUAACAAA